UUGAGUGUUCUGUGAUUUUAUUGUUCUCGCUCUCAAUGCUCGCGACACUUCGGUAGUAUGAUUGUGGUAUGGUAACUAAAAAAUCUUAACCUCAAAAAAGUCUGAAUUUUAAUUAUUCAGUAGUUUCAAUGAAAUUGAGUCACCGAGUAAAAAGAAUACCAUCUCUAAUUCCAUAUUAAAUGAGACAUUAAACUUUGAAAAACAUGGAAGAAACAUUCACGGAAGAAGAACUCGCAUUACCGACGUGUAAAUAUGAAUACUUGGACCACACUGCUGAUGUACAACUACACGCCUGGGGAGACAGUUUGAAAGAAGCCUUCGAACAAUGCGGAAUUGCAAUGUUUGGCUAUAUGACAGAAUUACCCUCAGUAGAAAUUAAACAAUCAGCCGAAAUAGAAGCAACGGGUCAUGAUCUAGAGAGUCUGCUCUUCCACUUCCUUGACGAAUUAUUAUUCUUAUUUAGCUGUGAACCUUUUCUGAUAUGUAGCAAGGUGUGUAUUACAGAGUUCACUACAGAGGGUGAGGAAUUAAAGAUUAAAUGUAAAUGUUAUGGGGAAGAAUUCACAAUAGGGAAACAUCCUCAAGGAACUGAAGUUAAAGCGAUAACAUAUUCAGCUAUGCAAAUAGUAAACGAACCUGAGAAAAAUAGAUAUGAAGUAUUUGUUAUUAUUGAUAUAUGAAAUAUUUUAAAAUUAAACUGGAAGUAAUUUUCAGUUAACAUGUUAUUCCUGCACAAUGUAAACAAGAUUCAUUUUUGAUAGUGACUUAUAUUUAAUAUUUAUUAUUAAACAUUUUUAGUAGCAGUU